UUUUUUCAUUUAGUAGUAGCUAAUUUGGCUGCUGAGAGACUUUCAGCUUUCAUUUGGAAUAGGUUGGUUCAAGUUGCACCAUACCAUUGUUGAUCUCAGUCUGCAAAAUGAUCGGGCAAGCAUCACUGAUCUCUCUAUUGGUGGUUUCUAUAGUAGCGUGAGAUAAAUAUGCAAAGCAAAACAUCAGUUUAUUAGUUGACAAUCUGUUAUGUUGAGAAGCUGUAAUGACUUAUUGUGUAAGAACAUAAAAACGUGCACCCUCGGUCAACCCAAAGAGGUCUCCAGCAGUAGCCAAUAAUGGAUACUUAGGGAAACGUAAGACAAGUGCAUAGCAUGCACAUCCCUUGCCUCUGGCCACUCUUAGCUUAGGGAAUUCCAAGCUAGAAAUGCUUUCUUUGUAUUUGACAAUCUUUAAUACCUUUCUAACUUAAUUUUAUCCUCUGUAACCCCUGUACACUUACAUUGCCCGCAACUUCACAUGGAAAACGUUGUAACUUAAGUACAUAUACAGCAAAGAGCAGGUUCUUUGAUUUUUCAACCUGUCACCUGCUAGUUUCACUGAAUAUCUUGUACCUUUUGUGUUGGAAGAACAAUUGAACAGUGGCCUCUAUCUAUCUUCUGCCUACCACCCCUGAUUUUAUGGGACAGCAUCGUAAGUUCCCUCAAUACUUGUUCUUUUCCAGACUGGAGAGUCCUGGUCUUAUGCAGAUAUAUCUUACAGGAAGCAAUUCCAUGUCUGUGACUGACCUUUUCCCCUGUCUUUGUCUCUUUUCCAGUUCUAGUCUAUCCCUUUUUUGAGUUUGGGAGCACCAGAGCCGUGCAUGGUGUUCUAGGUGGGAUAUGUACCAGGGAUGUACGGAGUGAUAUUCUCAAAUUUGUUCCUUUACUAAUAACUGUUAACCUUGAUUAGCUUUUUUUCUCUAUUGAGCACUCAACUGAUGUUUGCUUAGAUCUUUUCACUAGACCCCCAAUAAGUUGUUCCUACCAGUGAAGUUGCACAAGAUAGUUGAGCUGAUCGGACAGUCUGCCAUAACUGAAAGAGGAAAUCCUUCUCCACACCUGCACAGUUCUUCCCUUCUCUUUGUGCCGGUGCUGCUGCUCGUUUGACCUUUCCCUGAGCCGGCUGAAUUCACUACCUGGCUAAAACCCUCUGCGUGGGAGGGGGUAUUUUUCUACCAACUGAAUAAAUUGAAUCAGAUCAUCAAAGUAAACUGUCACUAGAACUGAUGCAAGGUCAGUGACAAGAAUUUUUUGUGGGAAAACGGUUCUGGAUUUUGAGACCCUUCCUUCUUUAGGUGGAAGAUUGACUCAGCAGUGUAAGUUCAGCCCAGGCGGCAAUGUCCAGCUUGGAGCCCAUUUAAAACUAGGAUCCCUCCAGAUCCCUGUGAAUAACGCUUGUAUCUACACUGAACUCCAGCAGGCAGCGUUGGCCAUUGUUCCACACGUGGCCUCUGUUUGUUCCGCAGUUCUGUGCGGUUGGGCCUGUCUCCGCUACCCUGAAUAACUUAGUGUCAGCAGCAAAUCGUCACUUCAGCGUUCACCCCUUUUUUUCCAGAUGCAAGAAUGUCUCGAGCAGUAUGGGCUCCAGCUCAUAUUCCUGAGGGGCUUCACUGGUGGCCUUACACUGUUGUCAGAAGUGACCAUUUGCUCUUUGUUUCCUGUCUUUUAACCAGAUAACUUAUCCAUGCAAGGACUUUUAUUGCCAUGGCAGCUUAAUUUCUUUAAGAGCCUUUUGUGAAGAAUCUUGUUAAAUGUCUCUUGGAAAUUAAAGCAGGCUUUAUCAAUUAGAGUCAAUAGGCACGUGGUUACGGGAGAUCUUUUAGAGAGUUCCUGUAGGCUCAUGAAACUUGGCUUCCCUUCACAAAAGUGGGGUCGCUUCCCCCUUCCUACCCACCCCCACAGCUGUCACUUAUUUAGCUGUCUACUGAUGUAGUUUUUAAAAUAGCUUCUGCUAACUGGCUCGUUAGGCUUGCUAGGCUGUAGCAUCACUAAGUGUUAAGUGAGAGAGUAAACACAGUUGCAAGUUGUGCUGAAGAGUAAGCAACGCUCCAAGCAGCAGAAUGUUUGAAGGCUAUUUUCUCUUGAUUCACUCUUAUAUGGCUUCUUUGGUGUCCCAUAAUGUAAUUGUGUUUUUCCUGCAGCCGCCUUUUAAUAGGGACACUACUUGGGGGAGAGGAAUUGAGUCUCUCCUCUAAGAAAUAAAUACUUUUGAAAUACACAGGAAUGUAUAUAUUGUGGGAUCUGUGAUGUUUUGCUGAGUUCAGUGAAAAUUGUUCCAGGGAUGGAAAAUUAUUGAUAGUGGGAAUAAGAGAAAAGGACAGAAAGAGAGAAGGAUAUGCACACAGAGAAUACUGUGAUAGGGUGUAGGAUACUGAGGAUGUAUAGACUCACACAUAAAUAUAUACAUAUAUAUGAUCCUGAGUUUAAAACGCCCCACAAAAUUAUGGUGCUGUAAAACAAACAAUAUAGUACGAGGAGUGGAAGUCUCUGCCAUAAAGAUCAUCCUUACUCACGGAGAUGGGGUUUAACAGACUGCUUUCCUCUGACUGCUUCCAAACUGUGCUCCGAGACCCCUGACACUUGUGUUCCCGUGUAUAUAAUGUUUUGAGAAUGAAAGUGUGAGUGAAGAUAGAGGAUUAAAAUGAUAAGGAUAACUGCCGAGUCUUUUGAAGCACUUUGAUGAAAGAUAGUGACAUUUCCAGUCCUCUGCCCUUUCAGUUACAGAUCAUGGUUUGCUUAUUCUUCAUCUCCUUUCUAUUCCGUAGUUCCAGUGUUUUGCUUCAGCUCUUCAAGUUUUUUUUUAUACUUUAGCUCUAGCUGAUUGUUCUAAUUAUAUUUAUAGAUGAGUUUUGUUUGAUUUCUGUAAUGCAUCCUUUCUCAUCUCCCUAAAAUGGAUCUGUAUAGUGAUUCAGAAGAAACUGGCAUAAUUUCUUUGGAGUUGUGCAUUUCUCUUUCCUUCCCCAGUCACAUGGGCAGUUUUUAAUGUUUAAUAUAUGGUAUCCGUAAGCUUCAUUUGGAACAGUUUUCUCUGCGAAAAUGGUAAAACGGAGUUGAAAUUUUAUUUACCUCUUAAUAUGUUUUAGGUAAUUUGAAAAAUACUAAUUAUUGUGCUAUUGUGCAAGAUGGUGGACGCAUUCAGAGCCUGAAGAGGAAGAGACAUGCUGAAUGCUGUAUUAUUUCAUGAGAUGGCCGCCCUGAAUUAUUGCAGUGCUGAACCUUUGCAAAGGUGGAAGAAAGGACAGUUGGUUGGAUGACAGUGGGAGCUUGCAGUCAGGUCUUAUCCAGUAUCCAGCACGUUCAAAUGUAACAAGUGGAACUGCCCGAGUGGAAUGGAAAGAGGGUUGAGUCCCCGGUCUCUGCAGCCUGCCCGAUACCUUGAAGAUUUGCUUCCUGUGUUGCAGUAUUUUAAAUGACAGGAAGAACACAAGAAAUGAAGUUAGCCAAUUUUUCAGGCUGGACUUUGAUAUUCUUUUCAUGAAAGUGGUUUCCAAGUAGUUUUACAAUAACUUUGAGAAGAAUUUCUAUGUAGCUCUUUUACUUUCAAGAGUGCUGCAAAAAUGAUUACUUCAGAUUUGCCAGUACUACAGGAUUCUACAAAUGAAACUACUGCACAUUCAGAUGCUGGCAGUGAGCUUGAAGAAACAGAAGUCAAAGGAAAAAGAAAAAGGGGCCGUCCUGGCAGGCCUCCAGUUUUAUUUGCCCAGUCUGCCACUAAGAAACCACGGAAGUCUCCAGGAGAUAAGGGUCGUUCAGAAUCUGGAGCUAGAGGAGCAAGUCGUGGAAGAGCUAAUGGUCACCCUCAGCAGAAUGGAGAAGGGGACCCUGUCACUUUGUUUGAGGUCGUCAAGCUGGGCAAGAGUGCUAUGCAGUCUGUGGUGGACGACUGGAUUGAAUCAUAUAAGCAAGACAGGGACAUAGCACUUCUGGAUUUAAUCAACUUCUUUAUCCAGUGUUCAGGAUGUCGAGGUACUGUAAGAAUUGAAAUGUUCAGGAACAUGCAAAACGCAGAAAUCAUAAGGAAAAUGACUGAAGAAUUUGAUGAGGACAGCGGUGAUUAUCCACUUACCAUGCCUGGGCCACAGUGGAAAAAGUUUCGCUCCAACUUCUGUGAGUUCAUUGGAGUGCUCAUUCGACAGUGUCAGUACAGCAUCAUUUACGAUGAAUACAUGAUGGACACGGUGAUCUCUCUUCUGACUGGUUUGUCAGAUUCCCAGGUGCGGGCUUUCAGGCACACUAGUACGUUAGCUGCUAUGAAGCUUAUGACUGCUCUUGUGAACGUUGCCUUAAACCUGAGCAUUCAUCAGGAUAAUACACAGAGGCAGUACGAAGCUGAGAGAAACAAAAUGAUUGGCAAAAGAGCUAAUGAAAGAUUGGAGCUGCUGCUUCAGAAAAGAAAAGAGCUACAAGAAAAUCAAGAUGAAAUUGAAAAUAUGAUGAACUCUAUUUUUAAGGGUAUAUUUGUGCAUAGAUACCGCGAUGCUAUUGCUGAGAUUAGAGCUGUCUGUAUUGAAGAAAUUGGUGUCUGGAUGAAAAUGUACAGUGAUGCCUUCCUGAAUGAUAGUUAUUUAAAAUAUGUUGGUUGGACACUACAUGACAGGCAAGGUGAAGUGAGGUUGAAGUGUUUGAAAGCUCUUCAGAGUCUAUAUACCAACAGAGAGUUAUUUCCCAAACUGGAGCUGUUCACUAAUAGAUUCAAGGAUCGCAUUGUAUCAAUGACACUUGAUAAGGAAUAUGAUGUCGCUGUGGAAGCCAUUCGAUUAGUCACGCUAAUACUUCAUGGAAGUGAAGAAGCUCUGUCGAAUGAAGACUGUGAGAAUGUUUAUCACUUGGUGUAUUCAGCGCACCGGCCUGUUGCAGUAGCAGCUGGGGAAUUCCUUCACAAAAAACUGUUCAGCAGACAUGAUCCCCAAGCUGAAGAGGCUCUAGCGAAGAGGAGAGGGCGAAAUAGUCCAAAUGGAAACCUUAUUAGAAUGUUGGUUCUUUUCUUUCUUGAAAGUGAGUUGCAUGAACAUGCAGCUUAUUUGGUGGACAGUUUGUGGGAGAGCUCUCAAGAACUGCUGAAAGACUGGGAAUGUAUGACAGAAUUGCUCUUGGAGGAACCAGUCCAAGGAGAAGAAGCAAUGUCCGACCGGCAGGAGAGUGCUCUUAUUGAGUUGAUGGUGUGUACAAUCCGGCAAGCUGCUGAAGCACAUCCUCCAGUAGGCAGAGGCACUGGAAAAAGAGUCUUAACGGCAAAAGAAAGAAAAACUCAGAUAGAUGACAGAAAUAAAUUGACUGAGCAUUUCAUUAUUGCACUUCCUAUGUUGCUAUCAAAGUAUUCCGCUGAUGCAGAGAAGGUUGCAAAUCUCCUGCAAAUACCUCAGUAUUUUGAUCUGGAGAUCUACAGCACAGGCAGAAUGGAAAAGCAUCUGGAUGCCUUACUGAAACAGAUUAAGUUUGUUGUGGAAAAGCAUGUGGAAUCAGAUGUUCUCGAAGCCUGCAGCAAAACCUACAGCAUCCUCUGCAGUGAAGAAUAUACCAUCCAGAACAGAGUGGACAUAGCCCACAGCCAACUUAUUGAUGAAUUUGUGGAUCGAUUCAACCAUUCUGUAGAGGAUCUGCUGCAGGAGGGAGAAGAAGCUGAUGACGAUGACAUAUACAAUGUGCUCUCCACGUUAAAGAGAUUAACCUCUUUUCACAACGCUCAUGAUCUCACCAAAUGGGAUCUGUUCAGUAACUGCUACAGAUUACUGAGAACUGGAAUUGAACACGGAGCUAUGCCGGAACAGAUAGUUGUCCAGGCACUGCAGUGUUCCCAUUACUCUAUUCUCUGGCAGCUGGUGAAAAUCACUGAAGGCUCCCCUUCCAAAGAGGACUUGUUGGUAUUGAGGAAAACUGUGAAAUCCUUUCUGGCCGUCUGCCAGCAGUGUCUGUCAAAUGUCAACACUCCAGUCAAAGAACAGGCUUUCAUGCUGCUUUGCGAUCUCUUGAUGAUUUUUAGUCAUCAGCUGAUGACUGGAGGUCGAGAAGGUCUUCAGCCUUUGGUGUUUAAUCCAGAUUCAGGCCUCCAGUCAGAACUUCUCAGUUUUGUGAUGGACCAUGUCUUCAUUGACCAAGAUGAUGAGAAUCAGAGCAUGGAGGGAGAUGAAGAAGAUGAAGCUAACAAAAUAGAAGCUUUGCAUAAGAGAAGGAACCUGUUGGCUGCCUUUAGCAAGCUGAUAAUUUAUGACAUUGUGGAUAUGCAUGCAGCAGCAGAUAUCUUCAAACACUACAUGAAGUACUACAAUGACUAUGGAGAUAUCAUUAAGGAAACAUUGAGCAAAACAAGGCAAAUUGAUAAAAUUCAGUGUGCAAAGACGCUCAUUCUCAGUUUGCAACAGCUGUUUAAUGAGCUCGUGCAGGAACAAGGUCCCAAUUUGGACAGGACAUCUGCCCAUGUUAGUGGAAUUAAGGAACUGGCCCGCCGGUUUGCUCUCACUUUUGGCUUGGAUCAGAUCAAGACAAGAGAGGCUGUGGCCACACUACACAAAGAUGGCAUAGAGUUUGCCUUCAAAUAUCAGAAUCAAAAAGGACAAGACUAUCCACCUCCUAACCUUGCUUUCCUUGAAGUGCUUAGUGAAUUUUCUUCUAAACUCUUGCGACAGGACAAAAAGACUGUUCACUCCUACUUAGAGAAGUUUCUGACAGAGCAAAUGAUGGAAAGAAGAGAAGACGUAUGGCUUCCGCUAAUUUCCUAUAGAAACUCACUAGUUACGGGUGGCGAGGAUGAUAGAAUGUCUGUUAACAGUGGAAGCAGUAGCAGCAAAGCCUCUUCGGUGAGAAAUAAGAAAGGACGACCACCGCUCCACAAAAAGAGAGUGGAAGAUGAGAGUCUAGAAGGCUCAUGGCUGAACAGGAAUGAAAACAUACAUACUCCAGGGACACUGCAAGCACCGCAGCUCACCUCAACUGUCUUGAGAGAGAACACUAGACAAAUGGGAGAGCAGAUCCAGGAGCAUGAGUCAGAGCAGGGAUCUGAACAAGAUUUUUUACACAAUCCCCAGAUGCAGAUAUCUUGGUUGGGCCAACAGAAGCUAGAAGAUUUAAAUCGAAAGGACAGGACAGGAAUGAACUACAUGAAAGGGAGAACUGGUGUCAGGCAUGCAGUACGAGGUUUAAUGGAAGAUGAUGCUGAGCCCAUCUUUGAAGAUGUCAUGAUGUCCUCACGAGGUCAGCUAGAGGAUAUGAACGAAGAAUUUGAGGACACAAUGGUCAUUGAUCUGCCACCUUCAAGAAACCGACGGGAACGGGCUGAACUGAGGCCAGACUUCUUCGACUCCGCAGCUAUCAUCGAGGAUGAUUCAGGAUUUGGAAUGCCUAUGUUCUGAAGUCUGGUGAAGACAUUUUACAAAUUUGGAACUCUAUUGUUUAGAGCUAGAGGCCUAUAUACUGUGAUAGCUUGUAUGAAAACCACAUUUUUGAUGUGAUACGGUUUGAUUUUUAUCCAAAUGAUUAAGGUCAAUCCUUUUUUGUAGUGAGCGAAAGAAGAGGAACUUCUUAAUGACACAAAGGAAUGUUGGCCAAUCCCGUCACCUCAGAAAGGCUGACCUAAAAAAUCAUUUGUAUCCCUGUUCUUGACUGUCCUAAUACAGAUUUUUUUUUUUUCCUGGAUGAGGAGGAAGUUUUAAAUUGUUAAGACAGCUGUCAAAAUAAACACUGUUCUACAUAUGUUUUCUGAAAACAACAUUGAGUGAAAACAGAACUUUUUAACUUUAUUUUUCUGCUGUACAAUUUAAAACAGUUUUAACAUUUGCCUUUUUAUGUUUUAAAAGCUAGCCAUUUUUAUUAAACCUAUGCCUAUCAGCCAUUGACUAGCAAUGAUGCUAUAAGCAGGUCAUUCUGGCUACAGAAACGUGUUUUUGAACACACUGGAUUUGAUUAACAUUAUGGUACGCUUAUAUCCUCUCAUAGGCAUUGAGAAGAACACUCUUGUAGAAGAGGUUAGAAUUCUAAUGACGUGCAUCUCUGCCAAAAAAUUUCAGAUUCUGAUAUGAUAAACCCAGAUUUUAUACUCUUGAGAAGAUUUAUUUUUAUUUAUAAUGGGACAUAAAGAAAGAGAUGUCCAUGAAGCCACUUUUCCAACAGAUGCUGUGUAACAUUCAUUUUAUAUAGCACAUGGGGACACAAAAACAGUAAAUUUUCUAUUGGUACUUGCUCUGUGCAUUUUUAGCAACUUAUACCAGCAAAUAAAGUAUUCUCAGUAAAACACACAAACGGUUCUCAAGUAAUCACUUUGCUGUUUUUACUACCUACUUCAAGCCCUGCCAACCCAAGGUACAUAAACAGCAACUUUCCUAUUAAAACAAACAAUUCAAGGGUGGGGGAAAGGAAUCACUUUAGCAUACUAAAAGCAAUUUUAACUGUACCAUUAAAAAAAAAAAAAAAAA